AUGUGGCCACUCAGGAGGAUCAACAGCUCACCAUCAUCAACCAGAUCAAGGUCAAGGAGCUUCUCUUGCUCGUCCUUCAAGGACAUCCAGGACCUCUGCACCGAAGAGGCCAAGCCCGAAACUGGAUCCAGACCCGAGCCCCCCAGGAGCCCCUCCAUUUUCCACCGGGUCCGGAUCUCCAGCUGGGCCCACCGCAAUUCCGCCCCGUCGUCGCCCACCACCCGCCACCACUACCUCUCCUCCCCUCCCUCGUCUCCCAAGCCCAAACACCGCCUCGGCUCCUCCGACAAGGAUAAGCCCGCCAUCGUAGUCUACUUCACCAGCCUCCGCGUGGUCCGCAAGACCUUCGAGGACUGCCGCGCCGUCCGGUCCAUCCUCCGCGGCCUCCACGUCCCCGUGGACGAGCGCGACCUGUCGAUGGACUCCAGGUUCGUGGCGGAGGUGCAGGGCAUCCUGGGCCGCAGGAGGCUGUACCUCCCCUGCGUCCUAGUGGGCGGGCGGCUCCUGGGCGGGGCGGAGGAGGUCCGGAAGCUGCACGAGAGCGGGGAGCUGAGGGCGCUGGUCGCCGGCGGCGCGUCCCCGGCGGUGGGGCGCGGCGCCUGCGGCGCCUGCGGAGGGCUGAGGUACGUGGUGUGCGAGCGGUGCAGCGGGAGCCGCAAGAUCUACUCGGACAAGCAGGGGUUCAAGAGCUGCAAGGCCUGCAACGUGAACGGCCUCAUCAGAUGCCCCUCUUGCUCCUCUUACUGA